AUGUCUGACUCUUGGACUGACCUAAAGAAGAGGUCUUGGGUUAAUGUGAUAGCUUAUUCUCCUGGUGGGGCUGUGUUCCUGAAGUGCAUUGAAUGUGGUUCAAAUAGUAUUAUUGCUGGAUAUCUUUUUAGAGAAAUAUCUGAUGUUAUUGAAAUGCUUGGACCACAACAUGCUGUGCAAUCUGUUUCAGAUACUGGUGCUAACUAUAAUUGUUGUGGUGAUAUGUUGAUUGAAAAAUGGUCUCACAUGUAUCGGACAAAUUGUGUUGCACAUAUGAUUAAUUUACUUUUAAAGGAUAUCCAUAAGCACGUUAGAUGGGUGAGAGAAAUUAUUGAUGAUAGUAAACAUGUAGUGGAUUAUAUGCAUAGGCACACAACUGUUAUAGCCUUAAUGAGGGAAUUCACAAAUGACAAAGAGAUUAAGCAGCCUUGCAAGACAAGAGGCUUCCAUUGCAAUAGAGUUGAAAUAGCAUUAAAGACUGUUAGGAAAAUUCAAUAUGAUAUAUUCUGGGAUGGGGCAAAGGAGGUUAUUGUUUUUAUGGAUCCUCUCACUAGGAUUCUUCACCUUGUUGAUUCAGAUGGUUCCACUGCAUGCUACUUGUAUGAAGCAACUGUUAGGGCAAAAGAAAAAUUAAGGAAGUUAAAGGAAAGUGAUGGAGUAAAGUACUUUACCAUAUUGGAUUUGUUUGAUACAAGGGUGGAAAAGAAUAUAAUUCAUUCUGUUCAUGUGCUUUCUGCAGCUUUAAAUCCUAAUAAUUUGUUUGAUGGUGGACUUUUGAUUAAGACAAGUACAAUUGUGCAAGGUAAAAAAUGUAUUGUGGCAACCAUGGUUCCUCUAGAAGAUCGUGAUCAAUUCACUACAGAAAUAGUUGAGGAUUUGGUGGGAAUAUAUGGGCAGUUAUCUUCCUGUGGUUCAAAGAUUGCUUGCAGAAUCUUAAGCCAACCUUGUAGUUCCUCUCCUUGCGAGAGGAAUUGGAAUGCUUGGGAUGCAGCACAAAUAGAGAAGAGGAACAGAUUAACUCCAGAAAUGUUAGAAGAUUUGAUAUACAUUAGAAUGAAUUCUUUGAUGAAGGAGAAGUAUGAGAGCCGAGCAAUUCAGAAUACAAAACCUAUUGACCUAGAGAAACUUGGUGACUUGCCUGAUGUAAACAUUGAGUUGGAGAUAGAGAGACUUGAAGAGACAUAUGUUGAACCUUUUCAUGAUCAACCUAAUUCUAUAUUAUGA